UUUGAUUAUAACUACAUUAUAAUCAAAUAGUUAUUUUUGAGUAAUGGCUGAGUGUGUUAUGCUUUUAAUUAGUGACAGAAUUUAAAAUGUUGGUUAUGAUUCUGAUGAACCCUUUAGCACCGGAAGUACUUGCUUCACAAUAAAGGUUUCUUUAUUUUGAAAUUUCCACGUUGUAAAAUUUUUAACGGCUGUUUAGUAUCUUCCAAAAUUAUCGCUUUUUUAAAAUAAACAUUAUGUAUGCUCCAAUAUAUUCAUUGAAACCUGCUUUCAUUUCGAAACUAAUCAGCUAGAAGUUUGUUUUUUAGCUAGUCAUAGAUUUUAGAGGAUCUGGGGAUUCAGGAACGAACCUGGCAACACAGGCGCGGGAAAAUCCUAAACAACAAAUGCCGCUUCCGCUUUCACCAAAACAGAUCGUCUUCCAAGCAGUAAAGACAUUUGAUGAAAACAUUAUAGCUUAGCGGAAUUAUUUAGGAUUUAAAAUUGAUGGAAAGUGUCCGACCUUUCUCAGCGACAUCGCGCCGGUUGCUAGCUUUAGCCUGACGUAAAUCCUGGGAACGAUAAUGACCAAGAAAUGAGUUUUCAAUAACUUUUACGGGUCCUGAAUCAAGUCGAAAUGGACCGCUACAACGAGGUGAAACUGCUGCUGAAAAGCUGGGAGCAGGGUUUUCUCCAGCAGCACCAGAGGAAACCCAGUAAGGAGGACAUUGACCAGGCUCCAGAGGAGACCAGGAUGUGUGUCUUUGCAGGGCUGUAUAAGGAGUACAGGAGUUUAAAACAAGCUAAAGUAAACGAUGCAUCCAGCGGCCAUAGAGAGGUCACAGCAGAGAUCAACCCAACAAAUAAGCAGGAAUCAGAUUGCUGGGGAGCCCAUCUCAAUCGCAAAGCAAUGCCGCUGUCUGCUCCAAGACUGACAUCUCAGGAAAAACACAGCCUCAUGGCUUCAUCGCAGUAUUAUGGCCUGAAGCUUAAAAACAACCUUUCUGCUCUCAGUAAGGAGAAAUCAGUUUCUCUGAAGAAAUCGCUUUGUACUGGUCGAGUUCCUCUCAAUUCCUUAAAAGAUGAUCAACCAAUACAGAACAACAGCCUCAGUUUAUCUAUUGGUUCUGCUAAAAACUCAUCUGAGGAUGAACACCAGGAGAUUCUCUCCCCAAGAUCGAUGAAGCCACCGUUUGGGUCAGUGACCUCUUCGUCUCUCCAUUUGCUGGAGCCUGAAGAACCAUUUAAACCAGAACCAGUAGAAGCUGCAAUCAGUAAUUCUGUCGAUGACGAUCAUAGAACCGGCGCUAAUUCCCAGUUUCAGAUCGCUAAACCUUCUUUUCCAAGCAGACCCUCCUCUCUUUUAUCACCUUCAUCCCCUCAAUUUGCUCCUGAAAGCACAGGAAAGGAAAACGAAGACGCAGGAGAUAAAGAAGAAAAUUUCCAGUCAGGAAGUCCAGCUGGGAAUGUCGAUGGAUUUAAACGAAGCCCGCCUUUUCUCGUCGGGUCAGGAGGGAGUUUAGCCAAACGAGCCUCUGUUGCCAGCAGACUGAGCGUCGUUGACAGGAGCUGGUUAGAGAGAUGUCAGGUGUUUGGGGAGAUGGAAGCUGAGGAGAUUCCCGGAGGAGGAAAUCAGGAAAUUAACGUGAAAAAACGUCAGGAGAAGGAAGUCAAGGAAGGAAAAGCUGAAGGAGAUUCAGAGGGUGAAAGAAAACAGUCAGUAGAUUUGGGGCGAGAAGGAAAGUUGGCAGAUCCAAAUUGUGCUCAAGAAGAUUCUGGAAAAGGCAAAAGGGAGAAGAAAGGAGGGAAAACAGAAAGAGGAAAGUCGUCACGUUUACCAGAUGAUAUCAGUGAAGAUGGUCUGAAAUCAAAAGGUACGAAGAAGAAGAGGCAGAGAGACGGAGACGACGUGGAGGAAACGGCAAAAAAGAGGCGAAGAAAUCCUAAAGAGAAAGAGGAGAGAUCGAGUUUAAGCCCUGAUUCAGAAAAGAAGAAAAGCAAAAGAAAAGACGGGGAUGAGGAGGAAACGACCAAAGGAGCAAAGACGGUGCCUCAGGAGAACCUUUUAGGAGAAAUCCAGGAGGAGUUCAGAACGAAUCGGGUUUAUCAGAGGCAGCCGGUCAGAACCAGAGGAACAAAAGGAGCAGAGGGAAACUUUGUGAAGAUAAACCUGAAGAAGAAAUCUCAUGUGAAAGGAUACGCGUUGAGGGGAAUUGGUUUGCGAAAACAGCUGUACAUGCAGAAGUUUCAGCUGAAGGGAGAGCGGUUCGGCGGAGGCGGAGGAUUUUUCGGCAGAGGACGGAGGGGCGGGUUCAGAGGGGCGCCGAGUCGGCAGAGCGACACCUGCUACAGGUGUGGAGGAAGCGGACACUGGGCUGUGGACUGCAGAGGACCAGCCCCUCCACCACCUGUUUCUGAGGAUCAACCUGCAGAAGAGGAACCGUUUGAACUGCCCACCCUGGAAGACGUUGCCAGGGCAACGGGGACGCUGCAGCCUCCGGCAGCGUCUUCCUGUGUCGACGCGGAAAAACGGCAACAGGAAACUGGAGCGGACAGCAGGCGGAGCGAUGAGAUGCUGCUCAACAUCAUUCGUCCCGACUACGAGCGGCCCGCUCCACCGCCGCCGAUGGAGCCGCUUUAUUGUCUCACAGAAGACGGGAGAGUCCAGGACACUCCUGCUGAAGUGUUUGCAGCUCUGAGAGAACUGGGCUACCAGUCAUUCAGACCUGGGCAGGAGAAGGCCAUCAUGAGGAUCCUGGCAGGGCUCUCCACCCUGGUGGUGCUGUCCACUGGAAUGGGUAAAUCACUCUGCUAUCAGCUGCCAGCUUUUCUGUACGCACAGAGGUCAAAGUGCAUCACUCUGGUCAUUUCCCCUCUAGUUUCUCUAAUGGAUGAUCAGCUUUCGGGGUUGCCCACCAAGCUAAAGGCAGCCUGCAUCCACUCCAACAUGACGAUGAAACAGAGAGAAGCUGCUAUAGAAAAGGUGAAGUCCGGCCAGGUGUGUGUGCUGCUUCUCUCCCCAGAGGCUUUGGUCGGUGGAGGAGGGUCAAGGUCAGGAUGUCUGCCCUCUGCUCAGGAGCUCCCUCCAGUGGCUUUCGCCUGUAUAGACGAGGCUCACUGCGUGUCUGAGUGGUCACACAACUUCAGACCCUGCUACUUAAGGCUUUGUAAGGUGCUCCGGGAACGCCUCGGAGUCAAGUGUUUGCUGGGACUCACGGCUACGGCCACUUUGUCCACGGCGCUGGACAUCGCUCAGCAUUUGGACAUCAGCGAUAAAGACGGAAUAGCUGUGCGAUCUGCAGCCGUGCCCCCGAACCUCAACCUGUCCGUGUCCACAGAUGGAGAGAAAGACCAGGCUCUGGUUUCUUUGUUGAAAGGCGAUCGUUUUGGCUGUUUGGACUCCAUCAUAGUCUACUGCACCAGACGAGAGGAGACCGUCCGAGUGGCUGCACUGCUGCGGACCUGCCUGCAGGGGGUGCUGUUGAGAGAAAAUACCCAAAUAAGCAGCAGCAACCAGACAGAGGACAACCCAGUGGGGCAGAAGAAGAAGGAACUGGCUCGUAAGAAGAUCCGUAAGCCCUUAAAGUGGCAAGCUGAGGCGUACCAUGCCGGCCUGUCAGGUUCGGAGCGCCGCCGGGUCCAGAACAACUUCAUGUGUGGGGAACUCCGGAUCGUAGUGGCCACUGUGGCGUUUGGCAUGGGGUUGGACAAAUCCGACGUUCGUGGAAUCAUCCACUACAACAUGCCAAAGAGUUUUGAGAGCUACGUUCAGGAAAUUGGGAGGGCUGGGAGAGAUGGACUUCCAGCCCACUGCCACCUCUUCCUGGACCCGGAGGGUGGCGACCUCCAUGAGCUCCGCCGCCACAUUUACGCUGACACUGUGGAUUACUACACGAUCAAGAAACUGGUGCAGAGAGUUUUUCCUGCAUGUAAAUGUCAGAAGAUUCACCAGAAGCAGCACGAACUGUGGAAGGAUGUUGGAGACGCUGAUCUGCUGGAGACAAUGGAUGUCUGCGAUGAAAAUGAACUCGGAGAAAAGCAGGAAUCCACUGGCUUAGAGGCGCCUGACCUCGAUUCAGCUCAGCCCAGCGAGGAAGGAAGCGUAAAAAAGGAGCGGGGCGAGUCAAGAGGAGGUAAAGACGAGGGAGCGGAUUGGCAGAGUGACCAGAAAACGGAGAGCUGUGAUUGGCCGGAGGAGCGUCUGUGUCACACCCAUGAAAGAGCGAUUCCCAUCCAGGAAACCGUGGAGGCUCUGGACGUCACAGAGGAAGGUGUUGAAACGCUGCUUUGCUACCUGGAGCUGCAUCCACAGCGAUUUGUUGAGCUUCUCCAUCCGACUCUGUCUGUGUGUAAAGUCAGGUGCUACGAUGGACCCAGACAGCUCCAGAAAGUCACAAAAAUUUGCCCUCCGGUUGCCGUGGCAUUGGCCCGGAAGAGAAUGGCGGGCGAGCGUGUGGAGCGGUGCGAUCAGGUGGAGUUUGAUGUCGUCGAGGUGGCGGACACUAUGGGAUGGCAGCUUCCCCUGGUGAAGAGGGGACUGAGACAGCUGCAGUGGAGCACAGACAGAGGUGGUGGACGAAGCGGCGUCUUGGUUGAAUUUUCUUCCCCGUCUUUUUAUUUCCGAUCUUAUGGCGACCUGAGCGACGAGGAGAUGGACAAAGUUUGCCAAUUCCUUUAUAAUCGAGUCCAGGACCAAGAAAAAACACAACUUUACCAACUCACAGCCUGCUUCAAAGCCUUCAAGAGUGUUGCUUUCCGAACUGUGGCGUCCUGUCUGGACGACUUGGAUGAGAAUCGCAGCUUGCAGCUGAAAAUCCUUCUUUCUGAAUACUUUGACAAACGGCGGGACAGAGAUCGCUCGCUGCAACCAGAGGACCUCGAAGAGCUCGACAAAUACAAGCUGUUGGACUGGGAGAGUCAGAUCAGAGCCGACAUCAGAGGUUUUCUUGCCAACAGAAGUGAUGAGAUGUUUUCAGGGAGAGCUGUUGCAAGAAUUUUGCACGGUAUAGGCAGUCCUUGUUAUCCGGCUCAGAUAUACGGCAAAGAUCGACGUUUUUGGAGGAAAUACAUCCACUUUGACUUCAACCAGCUCAUCCGACUUGCUACCCAGGAGAUUCUUCACUUCAAGUGACUGUCGUCAUCAGACCAAAGAGUUUUUAUCAAUCUCUUUGUUAAUAAUGUAUAUUUAAGUAAUUAUUUACAAGUAUGCCUCUAUUUACUUAUCAACUGUUAUUCAAUAAAAAUUUUCUAUUUUUCUA